UUUCAAACUCACAGACCUGAUGACAGCCAUCCGCACACUCAUAAAGGGCACCACACAAACAGGUAAGCGAGGGAGCAGCCCUCUGCCCGCAGAUGCUCUGAACACACAAACCCAGGGUCCCCAGUCCCCCGCGAGUGAAGCCACUGCUGGUUGUAGCGGCCGCCCCAGGGGCCGGAGCUGUCGGGGGGCAGCGGCCAGCACCCCGUGCGGGGCCAGGGCAGAUGGGAUGAAUGCAGUCAAUGUGCCGGAGGUGGCUGGGGGGACCCGGGGAAGCUGGCAGCACCCGGCUGUGGUCAGCAGGGAACGCGGCGAGCGCCCAUCCUCUGAAACGCUGUUUGUGAGCGAGGCAGGAGGAGAACAGAGCCCUUGUGCACGACGGGCCCGGUGCCUCUAAAGGUGCUCCAGCGAGGAGAGGCCGCUCCGUGCUCCCAGGCAGCCGCUGGUGCCGCGGCCUGCCGCGGCAGCGGGAGCACAUGGCGAGGGAUGCGCGAAGCCUGGAGCGGGCAGGGGCACGGCCGGGGCCCUGCAGCCCUCCGCCGAGAGGGGCUGCGGGCCAGACGGCCGGUGACGCCGAGCGUGGGGCAGCAGGGCGGAGAUGCUGGGCCGAGGGGCGGCAUUCCCGGAGCGCCGGUGCCGGGCAGGCCCGCUAUCCCCGCGGCUGCCGGCGGGGCCCGUGCGGUGCUGCCGGGCCGGUGCCGGCUCCUCCCCGGGGGCGGCCCCGGCGCAGGUGGCUGCGAGGAGCAGGAAGCUGCCCCGCUGCCGCCCGUGCUGUGCCGAGCCGUGCCGUGCCGUGCCGAGCCGAGCCGGACCGAGCCGAACCGAACCGUGCUGAACCGUGCUGCCCGGGGCUCGCCGCCCGCACCCGCCGUCGGGGCCCCGCGCCCGCCGCAGCCUCCCCAGCCAGGGCAUUUCUCGGUGUUUCCUCGCGCUGUUCCCUCCGUUUCCCCGCUCUGACCGCCCGGCUCUCGCUGCCGGAGGCUCCGCCGGGUCGCGGCUCUCGGGGCAGCCCCGCUCCCGGGCCGCCAUGAGCGCCGCGGGCCCCGGGCCCGGGCCCGGCCCCGACCCCGGCCCGCACCAGGGGGGCCCCGGGCACGGCCCCGGCCCGGCCCGGCCGGACAGCCCGCAGGAGGAGCUCGACUUCUCCAUCCUCUUCGACUUCGACUACGACCCGAAGCCGAUCGAAGAAGAACCGACUCCACAUAAAACCAACAGCCCACCCUCUGGAGUUACAUACGCUCAUGAUGUCUUGGACUGUGGCCUCAAGCCAUGCCCCCUGCCUUUUCCUAGCCUUUCUGCAGAUCCCAUGGGCAGAUAUGGACAGCCAGAUAGCAUAGGGCCAACACCUACUCACCCUGCCAACGCUGCAGGGGCCUCUGCUCCGAGCCCUAGGAUUGAAAUAACUCCAUAUCAUGAACUGAUUCAUUCGGGGGGUCCCUUGCGCAGCAGAGACACAGAUGUUCUGUUGGUAGAACAUCAGCCAAACUCAGCCACCACUAGCCCGAGGGUUACCCUGCCUGUCCCUGGCUUUGAGGGCUACAGAGAACCACUGUGUCUGAGCCCAGCUAGUAGCGGCUCCUCUGCAAGUUUCAUUUCAGAGACAAAUGUAUCUCCUUGCACGUCACCAUGUGUUUCACCAAAUAAUGGUCCUAGUGAUGACCUUUGUCCACAGUUUCAAAACAUCCAUACUCAUUAUUCUCCUAGAACCUCUCCAAUAAUGUCACCACGAACAAGCAUCACGGAGGAAGCCUGCUUGGGACGCCAUUCACCCUCACCUUGUCCCAACUCAAGGUCCUCGUCACCAGGUGCAAAGCGGAGGUUCUCUUGCACCGGGCUCUACGGCACCCAGCUGCCCUCCGCCUCUCCUCGGCAGUCACGGAGCCCCUCUCCACAGCCCUCUCCUCGGCUCCCCCUGAGAGAAGACACCUCCGCAGUGACUUACACACAGCUGGCCAGCGCUCCCCUUUCCAUGGAUGCUAUGAGCAGCCUUCCCACGGAUCCUUCCUGUGGCGUCCCCACGAAGAUCUGGAAAACCAGCCCCGAUCCUUCGUCCAUGUCUUCCCACAAAAACAGCAUUCCGUGUCACGUCUUUCAGACUGUCGACUUCCACGGGCCUUGUGAGCAGGAGGACAGGAGAAACUCAGCCCCAGAAUCCAUUCUGUUGGUCCCUCCAUCCUGGACAAAGCAGCUGGUGCCCGCAAUACCGAUCUGCAGCUUGCCCGUGCAGUCCCUCCCUCCCCUGGAGUGGCCCCUGUCCAGCCAGUCGGGCCCCUACGAGCUGCGCAUCGAGGUGCAGCCCAAGCCCCACCACCGCGCGCACUACGAGACCGAGGGCAGCCGCGGCGCCGUCAAGGCUCCCACCGGGGGCCACCCCGUGGUCCAGCUGCACGGGUACAUGGAGAACAAGCCCCUGGGGCUGCAGAUCUUCAUUGGCACGGCGGAUGAGCGCAUCCUGAAGCCCCACGCCUUCUACCAGGUGCAUCGCAUCACGGGCAAAACCGUCACCACCACCAGCUACGAGAAGAUCAUUGGCAACACCAAAGUGCUAGAGAUCCCCCUGGAACCCAAAAACAACAUGAAAGCAACCAUCGACUGCGCGGGGAUCCUGAAGCUGCGCAACGCGGACAUCGAGCUGCGCAAGGGCGAGACCGACAUCGGCCGCAAGAACACGCGGGUGCGCCUGGUGUUCCGCGUGCACAUCCCCGAGCCCAGCGGCAGGAUCGUGUCCCUGCAGGCCGCCUCCAACCCCAUCGAGUGCUCCCAAAGGUCUGCUCAUGAGCUUCCAAUGGUUGAAAGACAAGACAUUGACAGCUGCCUGGUUUAUGGAGGACAGCAGAUGAUCCUCACUGGACAGAACUUCACAGCAGAGUCCAAGGUGGUGUUCACAGAAAAAACAUCAGAUGGGCAGCAGAUCUGGGAAAUGGAGGCAACAGUGGACAAAGACAAGAGCCAGCCUAGCAUGCUUUUUGUGGAAAUCCCCGAGUACCGGAACAAGCACAUCCGCACAGCCGUGAAGGUCAAUUUCUAUGUCAUCAAUGGCAAAAGAAAAAGAAGCCAACCCCAGCACUUCACCUAUCACCCAGUACCAUCAAUCAAAACAGAGCCCAUUGAUGACUAUGAUCCAGCCCUAAUCUGCAAUCCAGUGCACAGUGCUCUGGGGACAGUAACACAGCCUUACUAUUCACAGCACACAAUGGCCACCGAGUCCCCUUCCUGCCUCGUGGCCACCAUGGCUCCUUGCCAGCAGCUGCGCUCAGGCCUCUCCUCUCCCGACUCGCGGUACCACCAGCAGAACCCGGCUGUGAUUUACCAAAGGAGCAAGAGCCUGAGCCCCAGCCAGCUGGGCUACCAGCAGCCCAACCUGAUGGCCACGCCAGUUGCCAUCGCGGAUGCGCACAGGUCCGUGCUGGUGCACGCUGGCUCCCCAGCCCAGAGCUCAGCCGUGCUGCAGCACUCCCCGGGCCACCAGCAGUCUUCUCCUGUCAUCCACUACUCUCCAACCAACCAGCAGCUGAGGUGUGGGAGCCACCAGGAGUUCCAGCACAUCAUGUGCUGUGAGAAUUUCACGUCCGGCGUGUCGAGACCCAGCCAGCCCCAGGCCGGCCAGGCGCAGAGGCUCAGCCCCAGCUCCUACCCCACGGUCAUCCAGCAGCAGGCGGCCCCGGGCCAGCGGGCAGCCAAGAACGGGCCACCAGGGAGUGACCAGAAGGACGUGCUGCCAGCAGGAGUGACCAUCAAGCAGGAGCAGAACCUGGACCAGGCGUACCUGGACGAUGUUAACGAAAUUAUCAGGAAGGAAUUUUCUGGACUCCCUGCCAGAAGUCAGACAUAGAAGAAGAGAUUUGUGAGACAACUUUUACCGAAUCCUUCCAUAAGUGACCUCUUAGAUCCUUCCAGUGCCCCUGCAUCCUCUGGCUUCCUUUGCAGUUCAUCUCCAGGCAGAGACUCGGUGCAAGGAACAAUGAAUUGGCACCAAGUGACAGCCCUGGCUGAGCACCUCGCCACCUCUGUGUGUAAACACCACGAAGGACACCCUUCCUUUCAUCCAGAGAUCACAUUGUUCUCCUGGAACAGAGCAUCUGUCUGAGGAAACACUUCAAGCCUGCUGCAAACCGUCUGUCUGUCCAUCCAUCCAUCCAUCCAUCCAUCGGGGGAGACGGGAGCCGUCCCCUGGGCAGGGCUCAGAGCCUGGGCUGGGCACUGGGGGUGGGCAGAGGGGGACAAAGAGUAAUACAUUCCAUGGGGGAGUAACACCAUCCUGCAGGUCACUAGCAGUGAUUUGCCCUCCAGCUUCCAAAGCCCUCCUGAGAAAUGUCAUUAUUGUAGGAAACUGAGGCAGCCGAGCUCGCUCAGCCUUCCUCCAGCCCAGGAUCAAAAGCCAGUUUGCUCUGAGCACUGUGGUUGGUAUUUCAGACAGGAGCUCUCAGCUCAAUCCAGGAGUUUUCUUCAUUUUUCUUGUCAGUCUGGAUAGGAAUUUGAAGGAGAGGGAUUCUCAUGACCAACCAGUGAAAAGAGCAAUUCAGCAGUUGCAAUGCCUGCCCCAAGGUAAAAUAAACCCAGGUAAACCAGAGAUUAAUAUAUAGGAGUCACAGUAAACCCAAAGAUUUUAUGAUUGAUCCUUACUAGUAUUUAGGCAGUGUAUGAACACAUCUUAGAUAUUUUCUCUCUAACAAAUUGUUGCUGUUUCUUUUCAUGUAGAACCUGCUCUUGGCUCAUAACUUGUCUCAUUUAGCAGCUGGAACAUUUACUCACCCGAGCUGCAGAGGAAAAUAAUUGCAUCUUACAGCAGCCAUACAUUCCAGAGAAAAUAGACACUUAUUUAUAUUCACCUGGCCUCUUCAGCUUUGCAAAGCUACCAGCAGUUCCUGGAAAGGUUCCAUUUCCAUGGGAGUUAGUAUUUUGUUAUGUUUUGCUUCGUGUGUUAGAAUAUCCUGUCCUGACUCCUGCUUAGCACAUUCCUGGUAACCACUGCCACCUGCAGUUGCACGUUAGAAUAUUUAGGGGAGUCAGGGAUAGAAAGGCUUCUGAGCGGGUGUACAGUAAAAGAUAGCCAUAAUACUUCAGCAAUUACAUAGCAAUCUUUCCUGGUUUUAUAAAUAAGGAAUGCUGAUAUUUUUGGGAAUGCAGAGCCUGAGCUCUGCUCUAGAGCACAGUGAAAUUAAUCCAGUUUUCAGCUGUGUCACAGUAAACUUGGCAGAAUGGCAGCGUGUCCGCUGCUCACAGCAGGAAUGAGGGAUGGGAAUACAGCAGAGCAGCCUCAAAAUUGGUUCCCCAAUGUCUCAAGAAAGAUUUUGCACAAUCCAUGCAGAGCAUGGCUUGGUCCAACAAAAAUCUCUUCAGGACUAUCAGGAAGAAUAUAUUUUCUGCCACUAAAAACUGGUGCUUAAACUCUGCAAGGUCUUGGGGGUUAGAGUGGGAGACAGAAGCAUUAGGUUCUUCAGAACACCUGGCCUGGGGCUCAGCUAAAAUGUGGCUCUUGAACAGAAAUCUGAAUUUCACAAGAGCAGCUCUGAAGUCCAGAUUCAGCCCAGCUCAGAUCCAGAACCAGAGCAGAGCCCUGCACAUCCCACCCUGGCAUUAAUGGCACCCCUGGCUUCUGUUCCUGCUUUGCGAGGCUCAGACCUUGCACCCCAAAAUGAGUUCCCUGUGUCCAGCACCCAGAACUCUGGUGCUCUCCUGGUGAGCUCUGCCCUGCAGGUGCCCUGGCCAAGCCUCAGCCUGGACCUGCAGAGGUGAAAAUGGCCUUUUGUAAUUGCUGACUUUUCCAGAACAAGAGUGAGGCCCAGCCUCGCUGCAGAGGGCAGCUCCUGUCAGACAGCACUCAGCAGGACUGACUGGCUCACACGCCUCAGAAAGCUCUUCUGGGUGGUUAAAAGCUGUCAGUGGGCCAGAACCUGACACAUAUAUAGGGGUUUUAGUGCAGUCUGAUGAAUGAGACAAUUUUGACAUAUUCUAAAGGCCAAAGUUGCCUUGUCAGAAGUUGUGUGCUGUAGCUGAGUACAAGAACAGACCCCAGUGCAUCUCCCAGUUUCACACUUGGAUGUAUCAAACGUUUUCCAUGAUCCAACCUGUAAAGUAUAGGAGAAAUUUAAAAAACAACCCAGAAACCCAUCCACAGGAAAAAAAAAUUUCAGAUUUCUGGCAGAACAUUCUCUUCUGCUGGAUUUUAAAUCGAAGCCCAGGAAGGUCUUUUCAGAUCUGUGAUGUGCUGCUGCUGCUGCUGCUCUGGUGAUUGCCUGCAGCAGCUACUCAUCAGUUUAGGAGAAUAACUUUUUGCAUAUUUAUUUUUUGAUUAUAUCAAUUUAGAAAAGUAAAAUCUAGUGCUGGAUCUGAGCAGAGGAAAAGGUCAGCGUUUAAAUUCUGCCUUCUGGAUCGUUGAGGCUGAAAUGUCCUUUUAUUAAAUUAACCCCCAAAAGGAAGGAGCAGCUGAAGCCCUGGGUUUGGAGCAGAGGCUGUGCAGGGCAGAGGAGCCAGGCAGGCACAGCCCUGCAGUGCUGCACCAGGAGCCCUCUGCAGCCCAAAGACACCACAUUUCCCCUGUGCUCAUGUGUUCUUCAGGCCCUUUGCUGUAGAGGGGGACAGAGGGUUGGGUUUUGAUUUGUUGGAUUUAUUUUUGGUUGGGGUUUUUUUAGGUGGUUUUUUUUGUUUGUUUUGGGUUUUUUUUUUGGUUGGAGAGUUUUUUUAGGGUUUUUUUCCAUUUUUUUGGGGCUGAUUUUUUUGUGUUUGGGGUUUUUCUUUGGGGAAGGGGUUUUUAAUGUGCUACAGGUGCUCUAGCCACGCUUGCACUGGCUGUAUUCCCUCCUCCUCUUCAAUGCACAGCUGUUAAUCUGUGUACAUGAACAGUGUACAGUGUCAUUUCUGUAACACACCCACACAGAGAGGGCUAUUUGCACGGGCUGGUAGCGACAGGACAAGGGGGGAAUGGCUUCAAACUGACAGGGAAUAGCUUUAAAUCAGAAAUUGGGAUAAAAAUCCUCCUUGGGAGGGUGGG